CGACCCUAGAGAGAAAGGGGCUAAUAUAAAACAAGAGAAAAAAACAAUAAAAGCGGGGAAAAAUAGCAAAUUACCAUGGUACCAUACUGGUUUGGCGGACCGUAAUAGUAGUGAACCACUUAUCGUAUUUUAAACGAGAUUUGUUUUUUCAUCUCGAAUCGAAACUGAAUCCAUUUGAAACGAGACGAGUAGUGAUCAAUGGCGAGUUAUCCGGUUCUCCCGUCCGAAACUCCGGCGCCGAUCGUUUACGCGUCGUCGUCGUCUUCGUCAUCUGGAACUGUUGCGGCGGAAGACGACGGAGGAUUCGAAGACGGAUGCAUCAUUUGUCUGGAGCCGUUCAGUUCUAGCGAUCCUCCUACUGUUACCAAAUGCAAACAUGAAUAUCACUUGCAGUGUAUACUUGAGUGGUCUCAGAGAAGUCAAGAAUGUCCUAUUUGUUCAAGGCAAGUUGUAUUGACAGAACCUGCCAGCCAAGAGCUGCUGGUUGCAGUGGAGACCGAAAGGAAUGCAAGGUCAAGGUGUAGUGUGCACUAUGCUCCUGAAAUUCACGAAAGCAACGACAUGGAUGAUGGGGAUGUUUCUGAUCUUGAAGAGAGGAUAAUUCGACGCUUUGCUGCCCUUACCAGCAGAGCUCGCUCUAUUAACAGAAGGAUAAGACACACGUCUUCAAUUCUUUCUUCUGUUCCUACAGAAGCCGGUUCAAUUCCGCAUCAAAUGAGUGACUCCUCAGAAGAGUCUCGAGGGAGAACUUAUGAAUUUCUUCGGAGUGGUAUGCCACCUUCUAGGAUCUCAUCGAGCACAAUUGAUGCAUCCUGUUCUUUUUCAAUCUUGUCACCUAUAUCAAAUGUAGCCACUGCUACUCCAGCAAGUGGGGUUGACUCAAUUAAGCUUUGUGGAUCAUCCCCUGAGAAUCAGCAAAGGUCAAGCUCAUCUGAUUUGCUUGCUUUCUCAGAGUCCAUAAAAUAUAAACUCUCUGCUGCUUCAUCCAGGUACAAGGAAACAUUCUCAAAAAGUACACGAGGGUUUAAGGAAAAAUUACUAGCUCGGAAUACAACCGUCAAGGAACUUGGUAAAGAAGUGCAGCGAGAGAUGAGUGCAGGUAUUGCUGGUGUUGCCAGAAUGAUUGAGAGACUCGAUCUUAGUUCAAAACGUGCUACUGCUUCUGGUCCUUUAUCCAGCAACACAGUGGAGGGGUGUGUAACUUCUCAAUUCCUAGAUGGCAAUACCCAGGAAUCUACAAGCAAAAUGAGUUCUAAUGUAACCUCUUUACCCUGCACAAACUAUUCCAGAUCGAACUGAUAUUUCUGCUCAACAGGGGAGAUAAUUUGGUUCAUUUAGAAGAGCAAAAGAUGGGUGGUGAGGUAUGCAUAAUCUGCGAGUGACUGAAAAGAAAUCAAAUGCAUCCAUUCCUCAGGGACUUGAAGGUUUCAUUCAUACUGGCCAAAGAAACUACACUUUACCUACAUUAUUUCCUUUGUUUAUUUACUUAAAACCAAACAUAAUUUAAACCCAAAUCCAUUAUCUUAAUGGAUUGAUGCGAGUUCUAAAAGUAAAUCAUAUGAGUUGCU